UCGGUGACAAACAAUGGAGAAAAUCUUAAUCGAGCCGAGGGAUGGACUUGUGGUGUCGUGUUUGUCUAACCUUCUUCAAACCAGUGCCGAAGAGGCACUCGCGGCUGGCGAUACGUUCAAAGUCGGAUUAUCAGGAGGGUCAUUGGUACAACUGUUGGCGCAGAGUUUACCUAGCAUCACAACUGACUGGAGUAAAUGGUACUUCUUUUUCUGCGAUGAACGAGUUGUUCCUUUUGACAGUAACGACUCGACUUAUGGAGAAUAUAAAACAAAAUUGAUUGGGAAAGUGCCGGUAACAGAGGACCAGUUUAUAAAAAUCAAUCCUGACCUGUCUGCCGAAGAAGCUGCAAAAGAUUACAUCAAGAAGAUGUCUGUAUUCUUUCCUCCGGAUCGUGUACCAUGCUUCGAUGUGCUUCUUUUAGGAUUGGGUCCAGAUGGACAUACAUGUUCACUUUUUCCUGGUCAUAAGAUUUUGAAUGAAGCAACUUUAUGGGUCUGCCCUAUUAACGAUUCUCCUAAGCCACCGCCGUCUCGUAUUACUCUAACACUUCCGGUGAUAAAUAACGCAAAGAAGUGUAUAUUCGCUAUCGUUGGAUCAGGCAAAGCCGAAGUUAUUAAGAAAAUCUUGCAAGAUAGAGAAAAUUUACCAGCCGCUCGUGUACAACCACACAACGGAGAAUUGUAUUGGAUCCUAGAUGAAGAUGCUGCUAAAUUCUUAGACACGGUCUAAGGAGAUUUGAUACGAUUAUUGACAACAUUCCAUACUGUAUCGUGUUCCGAUGCGCAGCAGACUCCUUGGACUUAUUAUUUUGUAUACAUAUGUGCAUUUUACUUAAAACGAUAUCUAAUGGACAAGUGCAGGUUAUGAGAACAUUUCUAGCGAGUUAUUUUUGCUCAAAGGUGAUAUUUGUUUGUUAUGACGUUGGAUAUUGUUCGAAACAUGUUAGGUUGUUCUAUUGUGCAUUUUAAUAUAAUUUUCUGAUACUUUCUUUUUCA